AUGUACGCCGCUCAGAAUAUAACGCCAACAGUUUUGGAUGCUAUGAAUGGAAAUGUUUCCGAAUGGUAUAACGAAUGCGACAAUGCCAUUAGAAGGUCAGAAAUAGUUCCUGGAACUUACGAAUAUACAACUGCUGUUUCUUAUGGAAACGUAGGUGAGUUUGGAGAAGGUUCUUCAACAACAGUAGAUAUUGCUUGCGACAGGUUUCAUAUAAUUUCUAUUGACAACUCUUUCUUAUACGUGGAACAAGACAUUGAAAUAAAACCUUCUGCCAAGUUGUCUGACAAGAAAGGUUGCAAUGGAAUUUUCUAUGUCGGAUACCAAUAUGCUCCAGAAGUUUUCAUGGGAUAUAAGAUAUAUUCUAACUCUGACUUAGUUCAAACAGUAACAUGGGCAAACUAUGAAUGGUUCGCUUUGAGAAACUCAGUACAACCACAAGCUAGAGAACAAACAGACCAGUAUGCAACUAUUGAGAAAAUAAGAAGACUUGACCCUAACGUUCCAGGAGUUUAUGUUAACCUUUCUGGACAAACUGCAGCAGCAGUAACCAAAGUAAAACUGAAACUUAGAGUUCCUUUGUCAUCUUUCCUCAUCUUCAGGUUUUUAAGAUACUUGCCAAACUGGGCAGGAAAAAUUUCUAUCGAACUUACUCCAAGCAAAAAUAACUUAGUCAUUGCACCAACACAAGACCCAUUCACUCUUACAGAAGUAGUGGGAACAAAUAAAAUGUCAUUCGCCGACUUUUGCAAAAACAAAGUUGACUUAGACUUUGGUUUCUCAAACCUCAACACUGAAGUAAACUAUUAUUUCA